AUGGCUGAUGUCAAAGUGUUAUUGAAAGAAGCCAGGAAGUUAAUAGAUGAGAAAAAUUACAAAGAAGCCCAAGAAUGUUGUAAAAAUAUAUUGCGAAAGGAUAAGCAAAAUUACUUAGGCUUAAUAUUACUUGGUAAAUCUCUUGAUGACUCUGAUCAAGCACCUUUAGCUUUCCAAAAAGCUAUUGCUACAAAACCAGAUCAUCCAUUAGCUUGGGUGGGUCUAGCAAAUUAUUAUGAAAGAAAGGAAGACAAUUUAUCAAAACUUAAACUUCUUUCUGUCUAUGAUGAAUUAUUAAAACUACAAAUAGAUGAGGAAAAAGCUUUAGAAUGUAUAGGCAAGCUAAGAAUGCUUGGAUUAUCCUUAAAACAUGGAAGCACUAUUACAAUACUUUCUCAAUAUAUGAAGAAUUUACAUGAAGGCAAUUUAUAUGAAGCAGCUCUAAAUAGUUUUCUUGAACUUCUAAAAGCUGAAGUUCCAUGUAUAGAAGAGGAUAUUUCAGUAGUUUUAAAUAUUCUUAAUAAUAUUUGUAAAAAAGAAUCAAAUGAGUCUAUUCAACUGUUAUAUGGAAAAGUUAUAUUACAAAAAAAGGAUUUUUUACCUACUGUUGAAGAAGUUAUGAAGCUCCCUUUCUUUUCUGAAAAUGUAAUAUUGCGUGAAUUACUUUGCAAAUAUUUGUGUGACAAAUUUAUAGAGAAAAAUUCAUUUUUAGAUUUCCAAAUUGAAUCUCAUUUUGAUGAAAUAAUAGUGGGAAUUGAAAACUCCAAAUAUCCUAAUUUGUUAAAAAGUAUGAUUUUCUAUAACAAUGGUUUAUAUUUCGAGGCAUAUAAACAAUGUAUUCCUUUAAUAAAUUAUCAAGAGGCAGAUGUAACUGAAGCUACUUUUAUUAUUAGAUGUACGAUAAUGUUGAAGAAGUGGUCUGUAACACAAAAACUUGUAACAAAUUUUUUAACAAAAGUAAAAAAUGAAAGUUUUUCAAAAGAUUUAAAGAAAAUGCUGUUUUUGUCACUUGUCGAACAAAAUAAAUGGAAACAAGCAGUUAGUGUCAUUAAGGAAUUUCCAGUUGAAGGCUUAGAAAUUAGUGAAAAGGCGAAUUUGGCAAAGAGUUUAAUUGAGUUAAAUGAACCAGCAGAUUAUGUACUAAAGGAACUCAAAACAACAGAAUACUUUCUACAUCUUAAAGCUCUGUCUUUCCUAAAAGAAAACAAAUAUUUAGAAGUGAUUACUUUGCUAGAAAAUGAAGAUCCUUCUACAUUAAGUUACCUCUAUAUAGGUGUAGCAUAUUGGGAACUUAAGCAAUAUGACAGAAGCCUUGUUAAUCUUCUCAAAGCAGCCAAAAUGAACUCUGAUCAUGCUGACACGUUUUUGUAUUUAGGUUAUUAUUAUUACUAUCAUAAAGAGGAUUUAAAUAAAUCUAAGAAGUGUUUUGAAAAAGCUUAUAGUAUUAAUAAUACUGACAGUAAUAUUGUUAAGCAUUUAAGUGAAGUGUACUCUAGAUUACAACUUCAAGAUGCAGAUUUUGAUUUAUUAAAUAAUGCAAAGAAUACUUUGAAAAUGAAUGAAUGGAUAGAUUUUCGGUUAGGGCUACAUUAUUUAAAGAAAAGAGAAUGGGAAAAUGCAAUUAUAUGUUUCAGAAUUGUUAUUAAAAUUAAUAAUUUUAAUGUAACUGCAUUUGAAUGUUUAGCUGAUGCAUAUUAUUCUAGAGGGUCAUUUACAUCAGCACUAAGAGCAUAUAAUAAAGUUAUGUCAUUAAACACUAGAAAAAGUGCUCAUUGCCUUACUAGAAUAGGUUAUAUUCACUCUGUAUUGACACAAUAUGAAGAUGCAAUUUUAACUUUUGAAGAGGUAUUAAAAAUAGACCAAUUUUCUUUAUUGGCUUUAAAAGGAAUAGCAGAAACAUGGAUGAGAAUUGCUAAGAAAAAAUUCAGUGCCAAAUUGUAUGGCAGUGCAAGAGAUACUGCACAGUUUGCUGUAAAUUAUAUAACAAAAGCCUUAACAUUUGAGAAAAAGUUUUCUUGUUUUUGGAAUCUUUUAGCAGAGUCUCUCAUAUUUAUUACAAAAUUACCUAAUAAAUAUUCCUUUGUGUAUAUGAGAAACUUCCAGAAUACUUUUGAAGAAGAAACUGAUAAAAAAGAAAAACAUGCAAUAUUUCCGCAAGCAUUAGCUUGUUAUUCCCGAGUUGCAAAAUACAAACAGCAAGUAACCUCAUAUGAUUUAGCUUCUGCAUAUCUCUCUUACUAUCAUGAAACAAACAAUUUGGCUAAUUGUCAAAUAUCUUUUAAAUUAGCAAUCGCUUGUAUUAAGUUAAAUCCUAAUUUGUGGCGUAAUUGGAAUUUACUUGGCAAAAUAUGCUUGUUUUUAAACAAAUAUGACAUAGCACAACAUUGUUUUAUUAAAGCAUUAUUACUCACACGUAAAUGGUCUGUAGCUAAAGUAUGGUGCAAUUUAGGAACAUUGUAUUUAAAACUAAACCUUUAUAAGCUUGCUAAUUAUUGUUUUUGGCGGGGACAAUCUACUUUACCUUCAUAUCCACAAAGUUGGAUUGGUCAAGGAUUGAUAGCAGAGGUAAUUCGAGAAGAAGAAGCGAUGGAUCUUUUUCGGCAUGCUUGUCGCCUUGGCUAUCACCCUGAGAGUGCACUUGGAUAUGCAGAUUGGGUAUGCCGUACAUUAAAAAAUAAUGACUGUAAAAGCAAUGCUGAACUAAACUAUGUAAUAGAAGGUCUUUAUGCUGUUACAUAUGCAGCAGAUUUGGUUGAUUGGUUCUGCAGUUUUGAACCAGAUAAUGCCUGUGCAUGUACAAUUCUUGGGAUACUACAAGAAAGAAAUGGGCUUUUACGAACUGCAGAAAAAUGUUAUGAGAAAGCUUUUGCAUAUGCAGAUGAUGAUAAAAAGAAUACAGCUUUAUUAAAUAUUGGUCGAAUUCAAGUAAGAAUUGGUAAAUAUGAUGAAGCUAUCAAAACCUAUAAAGCCAUUACAGAAGCGAGCUUGGACUCUACUUGUGGUUUAGCUCUUGCUCUAUUUAAAAAAGGCCUUUAUGAAGAAGCUUAUUCCGCUUAUGACACAGCUUUACACUGGCUGAGCAACAAUGAUAAUGAGAAGGCAGAUAUUCUUGUAGCAAUGGCUGGUAUAGUCUAUAUGUAUAAGGGAGUAGAUGACGCUAAAACUUUACUUUUUCAUAGCAUUCAAGUAUCGCAAAAGAAACCAACAGCGUAUAGUUUAUUUGCAAUAUGUUCUUUAGGAAUCAUUCAUUCCGAUCAAAGCUUGUCAAAAUUAGCUUUAAGUGAAUUACAAAAAUAUGAACAUGUAAGCGAUUUCGGCUAUGACAUAGGUUUCUUAAAAUCUUACCUCGUCUGCAAUGAUGACAUGGAACAAGGGAUAAAAUUACUGAGCGAUUCGCUUCAUGACCAUCCUAGUAAUGCGAACUUAUGGUUUUGUAUGGCUCAAUACUGCCUAAGAACUAAUAACAGAGCCAAAGUAGCAAGUUGCUGUGCUCAGAGAGCGAUUAUUUCUGCUCACUACAGUAAACAGCAGUGCGACUCACCGAAAAUGUUGGCUACGGCUAGUAUAGCUGAACAUAUUGCUGGAGAUCACAUGAAAGCUAUAUCACUUGCAAAACAAGGUCUUCAUAUGUAUCCAUGUCAAUCUGAUAUAUGGGCUGCCGUUUUACUAUCUGUAUUGAACCACAAAGUUUGGCUAGAACGAAAGGAAUGGAUUCUAGGCGCUACUAUGCACAUGCGAAGACAUUUGGACAUUUCAAGAUCUCUUAUUCGAUGGAUAACUUUAUUAGAGAAGAAAAUUAGCAAACAUUUACAGGCAUAA